UCUCGAGCCGAGCCUUCAGUUGACUUCCUCGGUGGGACAGAGACCAUGGCGGCGGCGGCGGCUGCUGCCUGUGGCCCGCACAGCGCUGCGAUAACGGCCGCUGUUAGCGGCAAGAAAACGCACAGUAACAGGGAACACAGUCGGAGGAACCGGGAGAACUCUCGCCGGAGACAAGCGGCUCUUUUGUUUCUCAGUAACAUCUCCCUGGACGGACGACCAGUUAACGACCAGAGUAAUUCAGCCGAGAAUGCAGGAAGCCGCCAGCACAAAGAGACCGACUUGGAGGGAGCCGACUUCGGCUCUGCGGUGGCGACACCGACCGGGUUGUGCCCGGAGCUGGGAAACGGCAGCUACGGGACAUUCUCCAGUUUGGCAGCGUCCGUGAGCUGCGGGAACGUCAGUCCCUCCCCGGCACAGAGGACACUCCUCAACAUACCGCCUAUCCUGGUCCUUCCGUCGGACACGGGGUUCAACGAUGUGGGGAGCGCGGAGGUGUUGGUGGAGUGCCGCAGAGGCUCGUUCCCCCCACCGGGGAACAGUAACCUGCUCUCGCCGUCCCCGUCCAACGUCAGCCUGCUGCCGUCGCCGAUGGGACCGCGGAAAUCUUCCACAUUGCUGUCAGUUCAGAGCUGUAACUCUGUGUCCUCAGAGCCGCGACAAAGGACUCGUAACCUCUCUGGUGGAUCUCCCAGACCUCGACACACCAAGAAGAUCCACUUCAUCAAAAAUAUGAAACAGUACGACACGAGAGGCAGCAGGAUCGUAAUGAUCUGUGCCAAGAGAUCUCUGUGUGCUGCCUUCUCUGUUCUGCCCUACGGGGAAAGUUUCUACCUCAGUGACCCGACAUUAAACCACCCCAGGAGGAGGCACUCGUCUGGUAACAUUUCCACCACCCUGGAGAUGCUGCCGGGGCUAGAGGGCUUUCAACUGGAUACCUACGGCAGGUCUGUGUCGUAUGCCCAGUUCCUGUACCCCACCAAUGCCCUAGUGAGGCAGAAGCCGUCGUCGACCAGCAACCUAACGCUGCAGAUUCCCAUGUCCCGGAGCACACACAGCAUGUCUGGCAGGAGCUGCCCACCCAGCAGACUGAGCAGCACCGUGGGACUGGACCUGGGUGUGGAAGAUGUGACAGAUUACGAUCCUAACAUCCUCAAUGACCCCCAGUGGCCUUGUGGGAAACACAAGCGGGUGCUGAUCUUUGCCUCCUACAUGACGACAGUAAUAGAAUAUGUCAAACCGUCCGAUCUGAAGAAAGACAUGAACGAGACGUUUAAGGAGAAGUUUCCUCACAUUAAACUCACCCUCAGCAAGAUACGCAGUCUGAAGAGAGAGAUGAGAGUAGUAGGGGAGGAUUGCGGCAUGCAGCCCGUCACCAUCGCAAUGGCGUUCGUCUACUUUGAGAAGUUAGUGCUGCAGGGUCGACUCAAUAAACAGAACAGGAAGUUGGUGUCAGCUGCCUGCAUCCUACUGGCUGCUAAGAUCAGCAGUGACCUAAAAAAACAGGAGGUCAAACACCUCAUUGAUAAGCUGGAGGAACGGUUCAGGAUCAGCCGGAGGGAACUCAUUUCGUUUGAGUUCACCAUCCUGGUCGCCCUGGAGAUGGCGCUCUACCUCCCUGAGAGUAAAGUCAUGCCACAUUACAGACGGCUGGUGCAGCAGCAGCAGUCGUAGCAGACACACACAUCGAUCGCUCCCUCCAGGGACUCGCUGCACCUUCCUGCUCCACACUGUGACGGACGGAUCCUCGUGAUGCCUGGCUCAGCGAGAAUCCUCCUCCUCUCUGCUCACAAUGCAGACACCAAAGCUCAUCCACACUGUGAUGGUAGUACGACGGCAGGCCUGGCAAUGCCUGGUUCAGCAGCAGAGCAGCACAGGACGCAACACCUUCUCUUCCUCCCUCAAGCACCAAAGUGACGACACACUGUGAUCAAGGGUGUCUGGCUCGACGGCACGGUCAGAAUUCCUGGAGGUCAAACUCAUCCCCUCAAAAUCACGUCUUUCUUAAAGGAAAUUUUCUUUUUUUUUUAUACCAAAUUUCAUUCCUGUCGGAUUUAAAAAGGGUUUUCUCCUUGCAGCAGAGAUUUUUGCGAUCUGCUGAACACAGCUCUGUAAGGAUUGCUGGGUGAAACUUCACAGCUUUAGAUCAGUUAAUCUGAGUAAUUUAGUCCUCCUUUCUAAAACCUCUGUGCUGAGGCAGGUGAGCAGCAUAUUGACCAAGAAAGAUGUGAAAUUGACUUCCAUACAAAAUCUUACCAGAAGUGCCGUUUCCAAAACAGUUUUCAAACUCACACCCAAUCAAAAUGUUUUCGAGCGCUUUAGGUCUAUUUAUUUUAGAUUUACCCUAAAUUUAAGUCUAACGCCCUAGUCUAAAACUGCUUCGUCAAGUUUGGAGUUCACUGCCUCUGUACCUCUGUGGGCCAAAGUCACUUAGACUGUGAUAUAAUGGCUGAAAUAACACUUGUUAUUUUGGUUCAAAUGUGUUGAGUGAGGUUUGUGCAUUUGACAAUCAUUUUGAAGCAUCCCCAUAUUUUUCUAGAAACUAAAAUUGUGAAAUUUUAUUUGAGGUGAGAAAAUCAGGCCAAGAAAGGAAAUCGUUCCAGCACUGUGGUGACAGCAGUUUCCAGUAUUUCCUUGUGUAUCUUGUCAUCUUGCUGGUCUGGUGUCACUGGUCAGACUCUAACUCACAUUAAUGUCAUGAAAUCAGCGCUUUUCUGUGUGCAGUCCUGGCGUCAUAUUCUUCGUUCUCUCUGAACUUCCAGCUGGCUUCUCAAUUAAUCACACUCGCUCCAAUCAUUAGUUUAUCGAGGAGAAGGAUCACUGGUGGCAUUUUUCAGCAUCAUCCCUCUUUACAGUAACACAUGUGGAGCUGCAGAAGCUCCGCUGGAGGAGUUUAGAUGUUUAAGUGCCUUGGCCUGAGGGCACCUGAAGUGUAGUAGUUCCUGUUGUCUGUCCUUGAAUCCGGCGAUUCAAACCAGCCUCAUCUUCACCUCUCCUCUGUAUUGGUGUCUGUCUCGCUCUCAUGCUGGAGUCCCUCCUCCUUCCUGGUUUGAUGUGAAUGAUCAGCUGCUCACUCUGGUGGUCACAGAGAAGCAGUGCGUCGUUAGGAAAACUACAGCGAUGAGGAGGCAUUCAGAUUAGAGUAAAACAGAUGACAGCAACACUGCUGUCGCCUCUGCCGCAGUGAACACUUCUUGUGACCGCCAAAGGUCUUCUCAAGGAAAAAUCGCUGUGGCAUCCUGAAUAAUUUGUUUCCCUCCCCCGUCCUGUUUGCUUCUUUGAUGUUGCAUAAACACUGCGUCCCACAGCAAGAGUCCAUGUCUGCUGUGAUCUGCAUUUCUAUGCUGAGAAAUGUCAGAACAGGUCAACAAAGCCUGUUCCAAACACUUUUUCAGAUGCACCCUGGAAAAUGCAGCCUUCUUUUUCCACAAAUUUGGGGGACACAACCAGUGUUUCCUUUUGAGGUCUAAUAUCCCAGAAAGGUGGAAAUCAUUAAACUAUGUUUAACACAACUCAGCUGAUGUCACCUCACAGCAGAGGCUGCAAAAUUCAGUUGAUAUAGAUACGAUUUUUAAAUACAGGACAAAAACCUGUCACUUAAUAAGACCGUGGUCUAGAUGUUUCAUUGAUGCUACAGUAGAAACGUAAAUUAAUCAGCAUCUGAUUGCAUCAUCAUGAUAACUAAUUAGUAAAUUUUUGGGGGCAAAAAUCCCCAAAUUCACUGAUUACAGCUCCUCAAAUGUGGAAGUAUCCUGGUCUGUUUGUUAUAACCUAAAUUUUGGGGGGUUUAAGGUUGCCAGUCGGACAAAACAAACCUAACUUGGGCUUUGAGAAACUGUGAUUACCAUUUAUCACUUUUUCACUGACAUUAUAUCGACCGAACAAUUACUUUCACCAUGGAUUAAUCUGUUGUUUUUUUUUUCCUCUCUAGUUAAUGCUCAUCACUUUCUUUUUUAGCUGAUUUUCAUUCAUGCCCCGGGUGGAGACAUGAAAAACAAUGACAGCUGUAAAACAAAUUGGUGAAAACCCUGAAAGAGACACACCAGCUCACACACGGUACAGACAGGUUGGUGCCGACGCUGAAGCUUCUUAAAGGUGACUGCAAACUGCAUCUCAUUUUACAACCCUGAUGAGAAACUGACCUUGUAAAGUCAUCAUUGUGCAGAUGUGGUGUCCGAACAGACUUCCUCAUCCUGUCUGAACUGUGAACAUCAACUACCAAAAAGGCCGUUCUGUUAGUGAACUACCCUAGAAAAACUACUUUUCACUCAUAUUAUUUAUUCUGUUUUUACUGUAUCAUAAAGGGACAAAUAUUUACCCAAACAGAGGCUUUAACAGGAUGUCUGUACCUGUUUUGUUCCCCCUUGUUGCAGCAGUAAAGAACUGGUGUUAGGAAACAGUGGGUAAUUUUAUCUGCUUUACCCACAAACAUGAAGUGGGUGUGUUCUUUUAAAAGUGGUUACCACUUGUGACAACUGCAGGAACACUCCCUGUAGAGCCUCUGUUGUUUUUGCACUUUGCCUUUUUGCUUCACAAUCCUGAAUCUUUGUUAUAACUAAGUAACAAUGGUAAUAAUAUUUUUCUAUUUUAAAUAUGUUAUUGUAUUGCUGUAUAUUGAAAAGUGACCAAGUCACUGAAAAUUAUUUAUUGCUAAUAAUCCUCCAGAUGAGGAAUCAUGUUUUAAACAGAGCUGCGAUUGUGAACCUGCAGACGACAUAAAUCACCAGAUUAUUCAGUUAAAAAACUAUUUUGGCAAAUGUUUUGACUUAAAAUAAGAUUCUUCAUCUUGAGGUUUCAUAUCAAUGUUCUUCCACUGAUGUUAUUUUUUUUUCUCAUGUGUUGAAAAGACUGUUGUUUUUUGGAGUGUGGGUUCAUCUGCACGUGAAUGUUUGAGCAGCAGAUUAACAAGUCGCAUUUGGACUAACAAAAAGAAACCGAUGACGUGGUUUAGGACUCCCUGAGGAAUAAUCUAUAGAUCAGGCUUCUGAUAUAUAACACUCGUUAGGAUUAUUUCAUUGUUGGUUUUGGUCUUUCCAUGGGAUUGAAUGACAAUAAGAACAAUACUGAAUAUUUGCAAACUCAACCUUUUGAAGGACCAUAUCAUUUGAUUUGAUGUGAUUUUUCAUGUUUAGCCUAUUCAGUCUGCACUAAAACUGUGCAUGUUACAAUGCAGACUAAACCUGCAACACAUAGCUGCACGGAUAAGUCUAUUCGCAGAAAAUGAAUUGCCAACUAUUUUGACAAUUGAUUAUAUUCUUUUUUUAGUCCCAUUUCAAGCACAAAUGCUGAAUAUUUGCUGGUUUUAGAUUCUCAAAUGUGAGAAUUUUAUUAUAUUUGGACAAAUUAAAACAGGCAUUUUUCACUAUUGUCUGAAAUUGUACUCGUAAAAUAAUUAUUAGCCAAUACAUAAGAUAAGAAUUCAUUGCAGCCUUAAUGCAGACUUGAGUUUUACUUUUCUGCUCCCUAACUUUUGUACUGUACUGGUGGUUAAUAAAACCACUGGCUGCCUGAAAGAUAAGACGAGCAUUGAAAACACGUAAGUUUUACAACAUCAGGAAUAUAAAAUGUACAUAAUUUGUAGUUAUGAGUCAAAACACCAGUAUGAUCCUUUUUUUUUAAAGAUUUGGUUUCAGUUUUCUCUCUCCUGCUCUAACGAAAGGUUCAAAAGAAGAAUCCACACUCCACACUGCACUGAGACACUUCAGAGCGGAGAUGUAUGUUUUAACUGUUAUCUUUGUGAAAUGUAUAAAAGGGAAAAGUUAACAUCGACGCUUCCUUCAGUUAAGUUGAUGAAAUAUGAAAGACGUUAAAAGAAGCACUACGACAAACGAUAGAGCAGAAACGGCACACAAUCUUCCAAAGUCGUCUUCUCUACAUUAGAGAUUUGUGAAAUUGAUUCUAUGCAGUUUUUAUUCUGUCAGCUGACCUUCAUCCUCCUCCUCUUCCUCCUCAGUGUGUUUACUUUUAAUGUGCCACAGCAUUUCACCUUUUAUUUAAACCUCACAUGUUGUAUUUACUUUGUUUUGUAUCGAGUAAUUGUUGUUUUUAUUCUUUGAGCACUUAAGUCUGUAAAGGGAAAUAUUUACCAAGUGUUUGUCUUCCAUUUAUAAUUAUUGUUUUUACAUUAUAAGUUAAAUAAGAUUUUUUUUAUUGUGUUUGUCUUUUUUUUUUUUUUUUGGACGAGCUAUGCAGCAAUUUAGCAGCGUUGCAAUCAUGACACCACAGGAAGUUUAUGCGUGAAAAUAUUAUUUAUGUUUUGUUGUUGCCACCUUUUCACACCAUGUAUAGUGAUACAGAUGAGAAAAGAAACAGAGGUUAAAGGACUUUGACUUGUGACAAGAGUUGAUAUUUUUGCAAGGUGAAGUUUAUCAACCUGUUUGCAGACACUUGCACUGCAGGACAGUUUGGUAUUCAACACCAAAUGGGACAUGAGUGGAUGAAAUUAUUUUGUAAAAGAUAAAAGACCAUAUACUGUUUAAACUGCCAAUAUUCAAUUCAUGUCAAGUUUAUUUUAAUUAAAAAUAUCAGAAU